AUAAACAAAAAAAUAAGGGAGAUUUGAUAGAUCAUGAGACUCUCGAAGAAAGAUUAGACAGAUAACAGAAAAAGGUUGAAAGUUGGUGGGAGAUUAAGCUCUCUCUCUCGCUCAACCUCUCCAGUAGAUCGGAGAUAAUGGCUGCCAAUUUCUGGGAUUCGUCUCAAUAGUAACAUUCUACCCUUUGAAUGACAACUACUACUUCUUCUCGUAUCCAAAUUUAAUGUCUAUUUUUCUGUGUUUUGGUUUUGGGUUUGUUACGAGCAGCAAACAGCUUUUGGACCAAGAAGAAGUCGAUGCAGUUCACCCUCUCGACAAAGAACGUGGAAUCUCCACAGAGGAUUUCAAGCUCAUCAAGUUCCACAUGUCUAAUCAUAUAACGAAACUAGCUCAGCACAUUAAAGUGAGGCAAAGGGUUGUGGCUACCGCAAUAACGUAUAUGAGACGGGUUUAUACAAGGAAGAGCAUGGUAGAGUUUGAGCCUCGUCUUGUUGCUAUUACAUGCUUGUACCUGGCUUCUAAAGCUGAAGAGAGUAUAGUCCAGGCCAGGAAUCUUGUUUUUUACAUCAAAAAAUUGUAUCCGGAUGAGUACAAAUAUGAAUUAAAAGACAUAUUAGGAAUGGAGAUGAAGGUCUUAGAAGCACUCGACUAUUAUCUGGUUGUGUUUCAUCCUUACCGCUCUUUAUCUACGUUUUUGCAAGAUGCUGGAUUUAACGAUGUAAAUAUGAACCCGAUUACAUGGGGAAUUGUCAACGAUACUUAUAAGAUGGACCUGAUUCUUGUACACCCUCCCUAUCGCAUAGCUCUAGCGUGCAUAUACGUAGCAAGUGUCUACAGAGAGAAAGAUAUCACUGCAUGGUUUCAAGAUCUUCACGAGGAUAUGAACUUGGUGAAGAACAUUGCCAUGGAGAUUCUGGACUUCUACGAGAACUAUAGAAUGAUCACCGAUGAAAAAGUGAGCUCUGCGUUCAGCAAACUGGCUUUGAAGCCGUAG